AUGAGAGUAUGUAAACACAGCUUGUUUGUUCAGCAGGAGAAACUUCAGGAAAUCCAGAAGGCUUUGUCGGCCAAGGAACCAGAUCUUUCUUCAUGUAAAGAACUUGGAGACGACCUUAAGAAAUACCUCGUCCAAGAAGAAAAACCAAAAGUAGAUCAAGCACAGAGCGAGGUGGACGAAAAGUGGCGCUCUUUGCAAGCCGAUGUGGACGAGCUGGCCAAGAAAUUGUUUUCAUCUCAGGCCCGUGUAGACAGUUACCAGCUUGAAGUGAACGAGUUGAAGGCGUGGCUCACUGAUACUGAAGGAAAGCUGACCAAUUUGGAGCCUGUGGGGGUCGAGCCAGAGCAAGUCAAACAACAGUUAGGAACACAGGCGGCCCUCAACGCAGACGUUGCAGCCCAUGAGAAACCCGUUAAAUCUGUGUGCGAGAACGGCGAGGCGCUGAUACCAGCACUUAAGGAUGAGGAACAGCAAGCCAUCAAAGACGAUCUCGAAAGUAUCAAGACUCGCUACCAGGGUGUAAAGAAUGACACGUCAGUUAGGCAGGCAGCUUUAGUAGAGGCUCUGUUGCUGUCUCAGCAGUUCAGAGACAUUCACAAAGAAGUGGUCACUUGGCUUGAUCGCUGCGAGGAAAACUUCCUUAAGCUGGACGAUGAAUCGGUUGCGGAACUUCAACAGGAGAGAAUCAAGUCAAUCCAAGAGGGUAUCACUGCCCUUAAAGUUUUAAUCGGCAAUUUGGAAGAGACUGGAAGCGACCUUGUUAAGUUGAGCGGCCCAGGUGAGGCAUCCACUUCAAUUGAACAAAAGGUGGCAGCUUGUGUUGAGCGCUACGAACGACUUCAGCUACAGACAGAGGAGCGAGGAAUUAAGAUCGGAAUGACCCUAGCACAAGAAGAAGAAGUGCAGACCAGAUUGGACGAGUUACAGACACUGUUAGAAAAGAGAAAAGAAGACUUUGGAAGUUUGAAACCGAUCAGUGUGAGACCAGAUGUAAUUCGUGAACAGAUUGAAGAGCUGAAGGUACUUCAAAGUGAGUUUGAUCCAGAGAAGGAAAUGGUGGAAGAAAUCAGACCGCUAGCGACUGCUGUGGUAAAUGCCAACCCAGAUUCCAAAACAUCAUUGCACAAAUCUCUAGAACUGACCCUCGAUGCCGGGGACAAAUUUUGGACGGGCUUAGAUGAGAUAAAGCACAUCCUCAAGGACGUGCAGGAUCAUCAGGACUCCGAAGAACCCCCGGCCCCUGAGCUAGAGGUACUGGAGGAGCAGAUUCACGAUCAUCAGGAGCUUCGAACAGAGCUGGACGCACACAGUGAAGCAGUGAAUGUGUUGUGUGAGAUCAGUCCUGUUCUUGUAGCGCACUGUAGUCCAGGCGACAAGAUGCUAGUACAAACAGAACUCUCCAAGGUCACCAAACAGUGGGCAGACAUCGAGAAGACCUGGAACAAGAGAGAAGCUGACAUGGCGGAAGUCAAGGAAACAGCUACUCAGUAUCACAAUACCCAUGACCCCUUGCUGGCUAAGUUGACUAACUUAGAAGAAAGGCUGGCCGAGCAGCCGCCGGUGGGAACUGAGUUGGAUAUCGUCAAAGAACAACUUAAAGAGCAAAAGGACUUCCAUAAGGAACUUACACCACUCCAAAGCGAUGUGACAGCUGUAAACCAAAAGGGUACAAUUCUUAGUGAGCAGUGUCGUCCGGAGGACGCAGAUUUAAUAGCGGCCCAGCUGGAGGAUUUGAACACUCGAUGGGAUGACUUGUGUCUUCAUUCCGGUGAGAGGCAGAAGACAAUUGAAGGUGCUCUGUUACAGCUAGGACAGUUCCAACUGGCCUUAGAGGAGCUUCUGGUUUGGGUCAAACAGACCAAUGCUACUUUGGAUGAGCAGCUGGCCAGGGAUGUUCAGGGAGACGUUAAGUUUAUUGAGGUGGAAAAAGCCAAACACAAGAUUCUCUACAAUGACAUCUUGGCCCACGAACCAUCUGUGGAAUCCGUGACGCGCGCGGCUUCUUCCCUGCUGACGGAAAAUGGAGACAGCAAGUUGGAUAGUGGUUCCCUGCAGAUGAAGAUGACGGAACUACAGGACGGCUGGCAGGAGGUGUUAGACAAAGCAGCCCGCUUAGACGCCCACCUCGCAGCUGCCCUAAGCGCGUCUCAUGACGUCAUGGACCAGAUGAAGGAACUGAGAACUUGGCUGAAUGAGGGACGUGACUUCCUUGACUCCAGGAGACAAAUUGGCGGGCGCCCUGGGAGUGCACGUAACCAACUGACCAAGCAUAAGGACUUCCUAGACGUACUUGAAAAACGUAAGGAAACAUACCAACGAAUCACUGAAGCCGUCCAAGCCAUGAUAAAGAACAGCGAUCCUACCACAGCAGCCUCCCUUCAAAGGCAGUCGGAUGAAUUGACAGAAGCCUGGGAACAAGUGAGCACAAAGGCUGACGAGGAAGGCCGUAAGUUGGAUGACGCGCUCAAGAAUGCAGUGGAAUUAGAGAAACAAAUCACAGAUAUGGACUCUUGGCUCAAGCAGGUUCAUGACCAAAUAGUGUCCUUUGAUAAUGUCAGCUGCAUUUUAGACAUUUUGGAAAAGCAACGACAGGAAUACAAGGAUCUCAAAGAGGACAUUGACGCACACCGUGACCCGUUCAAACAACUCAAGGUACUAGCAUUCAAGAUCACAGAUGUGUGUCUCCAGGAGGACGUGACUUACAUCGACGAUACGAUCCGUGACCUGGACGCUCGCUGGAAAGAGCUGACAGGUCUGUCUUCGGGUAGAAAGAAAGAUCUCGAUGAAAAUUACAAGCUGUCGCACAAGUUCUUCAAAGGUGCUGAAGAACUAUUGAACAUGCUGGACGAAGCUGAGCGGAGCCUUAAAGAUGAGGAACCUAUUGGGGUGGACCCCGCUCACCUGAGGUCCCAACUUAAAAAACACAAGGAGUUCCAAUCCAUGCUCGGUGCCAACCAAACAUCAAUGGAUGGAAUCAUUAAGACGGGUAAAGUGUUGAUGGAGAAGAGUCCUGGAGAUGACGCCAUUAUUAUCGAAGGAAAGAUAGCUGACCUCAAGGCACGAUGGGACGCCAUCUGCGCGCUAUCAGUGGAAAGACAACAAAAACUAGAGGAGGCUCUCCUCUUCACUGGUAUGUUCCAGGAUGCCCUGCAGUCGCUGCUUGACUGGCUCAGUGCAGUGGAGCCCAGUCUUUCCACUGAAACUGCCGUCAUGGGUGACCCUGAAACUGUACAGAUCUUAAUUGACAAUCACAAGACCUUCCAACGCGAGCUCGGACGCCGCCAAGCAAAUUACGACUCGGUAAUGAAUGCAGGUAGAACAAUGAUCAAUGAGAACAAAGUGGAGGACCCGCACAAACUGGAAGAGAGGCUCGAUGACUUGCGCAUGCGUUGGGAAGCCAUCAGCGCCUUAUCUAACACUAAACAAGAUAGACUCGACAAUGCGCUCGUUUUGGCGAAGGAGUUCGACACUGCCGUCAAGACAGAGUUACGCAUACUGAAAGACUUCGAAGAUACGCUUAGGGGACUGGGUCCAAUUGCCGACGACUUAGAGACUAUUGCUGAUCAACUGAGUGAACACAAGGUUUUCCACGAAGAUCUAAUGGCAGAGGAAGUGAACGUUCAAUCAGCCAUUAAGAAGGGCCAAGUGAUUGCACGAUUCUGUCAUCCAAGCGCACUGCCAAUCAUCCAGCAAUGGAUUGCAAGAUUAAAGAAACGAUGGGAUGAGGUUCGCAAAUGGUCAGUUCAAAGAUUGACUCGCCUGGAGGAAGAACAAUCUAAGCUGACAGAGGAGCAAAGCAUGAUGGAGGAACUGCUGCAGUGGAUUGGAGAGAAAGAAGAAAUCCUGAUCGAAAAGGAAAAUGAGCCUAUCCCUGACGAUGAUUACGAGCAAGUCAUGACGCUGUUGGAAGACCACAAAGGUUUUCAAGAAGAAAUGGCCAAGAAACAGCCAACAUACGACAGACUCACCAAGUCGGUAAAACGACGUGGUUCUGUAGCGCCUACCGCUGUUUCUGCUGCCCCAGUCCAAGCUCAGACCACUCCGGACAAGCAAGGUCGGCGUGGAAGCAGAAUACCUAAACUCACCUCCAGUCCUUCUCCGUCCUUCACUCGCGAACGGUCACGCGAGAAGUUGACGCUGGUCACCAGCCCGGGUUCUUCGUUCACUCGGUCUGGUUCCACCACACUUGAUAAGAAUCAUCCAGCUUUGCUGCACUUGUCCAAACGAUGGCAGCAUUUGUGGCUUCUUUCGAUGGAGAGGCUGCGACGUCUUCAAGAGAAGUUGGAACGAAUUGCCAUCAGACGAGCCUCGGCGAAGUUUGACUUCAACGAGUGGAAGAGUAGGUUUAACAAAUGGCUGCGUGACAGCAAGUCACGCGUUCUUGACAUCUUCCGCCGCAUGGAUCAAGACCGAGAUGGCAAGCUUACCAGAGAGCAGUUUAUCUCAGGAGUGCUCAGCACAAGUUUCCCAACAGAGAGAUGGGAGAUGGAAAUAGUCGCCAGUAAAUUUGAACGUGAUGGACUGAUCGACUACAAAGAAUUCGUAAACUCGCUUAAGGAUAAAAAACCAACUAAGAAGCCAGAGAAGCCUAAGACUGAAGAACAACAGAUUCAGUCUGAAAUUGAACGCCUGUGUCGCAAGUGCGGCGUGACAUUUGUCAAAGUGGCCGAGAACAAGUACAGGUUCGGUGACUCCCAGAAGAUGCGUUUGGUUCGUAUCCUUCGCAGCACUGUCAUGGUACGAGUCGGAGGAGGCUGGGAAACACUGGAAGAAUUCCUUCUAAAGAACGAACCCAGCAAAGCUACUGGACGAACAAAUGUAGAACUUAGAGAACAGUUGUCAAGACCUGAAGGCGUCACACAGACCAUGGGAGCCUUCACAAGCAAACGACACUCGGAACAGAAGUCGACAGUGGUCACGGAAAAACCGCCCACUGGUCUCGGUCGAAAACCUAGGCUCGACGUUCCGAGUAGUGGUUACGGCCUCCGUCGAGAGAAAUCCGGUGAACUUCGGCCUCGUCGUGAAAAGUCGGGAGAACUUCGGCCACCAAGUGGUCCCACCAAACAGAGAAGCGGAACAAAUUUAAAGGGGACGGCUGAAAAGUCCCCCUCCACGAAGAGACCUAGUGGCGUAUCAAGGGUUAGGAAAUCUGACAGUCAGACGUCACUUGGUAGUACGGGAUCGCUCGAGGACUCUUCGGAGGGCACUUCACCUCGGGUAUCUUCGGGAAUCCCCUCAAGCCCAAGCAGCACCUCGUCUCGCGGGUCUCCGGAUCGUCCAGGUUCGGCCGCGUCUAAAUCAGCUACUAAGUCGACUGGAAUGGCAAGAACCGGAAGUCGGGAAAAUGUGCGAGGUAGUAGGGAGAGUCUUCACAAAGCCAAAGAAGGAACGACGAAAAGUUCUGGGAUGACUAAAAGUACAACGAGAAGCCCUGGAACAACAAAGUUAAAGAACGGAGAAGAAAAGAAAGGUCCGAAGAAGUAAAGGAAAAAACUGUUUUUCAAAUCAUUUUUGUUUUUGGAUUGAAACGAAGCGAAUUUGAAUAGGCAGAGCGAAUUAAUAGGUAGUCUUAAAUUAAUUUUUUUUGUCUUCAUCAAGCUAGGAAAGUAUUUAAUUUAAUGCUCUUAAAGAGAGUCAAAUUUAAUUAUGUGGUAUGAUAUUGUUUCAUUUAACUUCGUUUAUAUGAAAAGCUAACAACGACCACAAACACGCAGUCGUUCUAUUUCGUAAACUUAAUUUUUCGUAAUUUUACUAAGAUAAGAAAAACCGUCAUUUUUGUAUUGGGCGCUUUUUAUAAUACACUUCCAUUUUCUCGCAGGCAAUUUAAGCUUUUCACUGAGUGCAUUACAACGCUCUGGUCGUUUCGCCCGUAAUAUAGCUCUUUAAGAAUGUCAGAGCAAACUAAGUUAAACAUUUUUGGGACAAUAAUAUUUCUUGAAAAAGUGUAGAGUUUGUAUGUGAAUCUUCAAGAAACUAUUUAAGUAGAGAUUAAUAUUGUCAAUUUGCACGUUUGCCAUGAACUAUUUUAAUGUGAAACCAUUUGUUACAGAGAGUACAGCUUCCAGACUCUCUCGAUACAGUGGAUUCUAUGUUUUUGUGAAUGUUAAGUAAAGCUUUAAACAUUUUGUAGGAAUUGAAUAAACAAAGGUAAUUUUCUAUGA